AUGGCGUUGAAGCGUUUGUCAACACGAGUAGACUACGUGCAACUAGACAAUUUUAGUUCUGUUGUUUUAUACAAUAAUACUGCGCCACGAAGGAAAAAGGGCAAGAUCUACGAAGUAGAAAGGAUAAUCAGCAGAAAAAAGCAGAAAUGCGUAAGUAUUGUGGCGAAUUUGGUUGAAAUUUCAACUGCUAAUUUCUGUUUAGAAAACAAUAUGGCAUUAACUAUUGUGACUAACAUUUUCUUUUAUUAUUUUAUUAGGACUAUCUAUAUCUUAUUAAAUGGGCUGGGUGGCCUCUGCACACAUGUACUUGGGAGCCUUCUGAUAAUUUGCCAAGCAAUUUAAUACGGUAAGGAAUAAAGGCAUUUAAGGCAACACUCUUUAUUAAUACUGUAUACUAACAUCAAACUAAAACAUUAUUUUGUUUCUUUUACACUUCUCUCAUGCAUAAUAGCAAUUUAAAAUUAUAUUAUGUUUUCUAGUGGGUAUGAAAGACCACCAAAGCCUUCUGACAGUCGAUUAGAGAGCACUGCUAGAGCAUUUGCAUCUGGCAUUCUGUCAAUGCUAAAGUCAAGGUCAUUGGGAAAGGGCUACAUUGAGCUUGAGCAUGAUUGCUGGCGUUGUCACUUCGAGAAAGGGGAGACCAUCGGAGCAUAA